AAGCGGUGAAUUGUGGGGCUGAGAAUGGAAUAGACUUCUCCCGAGGGCUCUCCAGGCGGCGGCGUUAGCGAGUGGGCCCUCCUGUUCUCGCGUCAUAGAGCGGUCAUGUUUCUCAGCCCGGAGGUCUCCAGUCCCCGCUUGACGUGGAGUUCUGUCCGCCCUCUCCCUUGAAGGGGGACUUUGAACGUCUCCCCAGUGUGUGGUGAAAGUCUCGCGACUUUGUGAAGACUGCCUCGGCAAGAAGAACUGUGGACUUUCUCAGGAGAGGAGGAAGUUGGCAUUAUAGUUACUGAAGACUGAGGGAAGAGAACAAUCUGGAAUGGAGACAGAGUUUCUGUGAGGAAGGUUUACCACAGCAGGCGAACAACUCAGGUCAUGGUCUCCGUCUGGAAGGGUUUACCUGGCAUUGGCAGAGGUUGCUGGAGGCCUGUCUUUCGCUCUGCCACUGAGGACGCUCCUCCCAGCAUGGCCCUCAAGGAGCAUGGGCUGCACCUCUUCCGCAGUGCUGUUGGCACCGUCCUGCCAGGUCCCAUGCUGAAGAAGGCUCUGGUGCUUGAGACAGGUGGACACCCCAGGCUUAUGGUCCAUGGUCAGCCUUUUGACCUAAGGAGGAACUUGUACCUGGUUGGCUUUGGGAAGGCUGUUCUGGGCAUGGCAGCAGUGGCGGAAAGCAUCCUUGGUGACCACCUUGUUAGUGGAAUAAUUAGUGUUCCUCAAGGCAUCCAAGCAACUUUUCAGCACAAAGGAAUGAGGGAGAUGUUGCUAAAGCCUCAGAGUCGCAUCCAAGUAAUGGAAGGAGCUAAGCACAACCUUCCUGACAGAGAAUCUCUGAAUGCAGCUAAUGCCAUCUGGGAAAUGGCUGAGGGCUUGAUGGCAGAGGACCUCCUUCUGGUGCUGAUUUCAGGAGGUGGGUCUGCACUUUUGCCUGCACCUGUCCCACCAGUCACCCUUGAAGAAAAGGAGGCUGUCACCAAGCUUUUGGCUUCGAAAGGAGCCACCAUUCAAGAGCUUAACACCAUUCGGAAAGCACUGUCUUUGUUAAAAGGUGGGGGACUGGCUCGGGCUGCCUCUCCAGCACAGGUGUUGAGCCUCAUCCUCUCGGAUGUCAUUGGGGAUCCUGUGGACCUUAUAGCUAGCGGCCCCACGGCCACUAGUUUUCACAAUGUCCAGGACUGUUUUCAGAUACUGGCCAAAUACAAUCUGACUAACUUCGUGCCAGAGUCUGUACGGACAGUACUUUCCAGCUUAGCUACAGAAGGUGGCCCUCCCAGAAACUCUGCCUAUGUCCACAACAUCAUCAUCGGCUCUAACAGACUCGCUUUAGAGGAGGCCAAACACCAAGCAGAGAAUCUGGGCUAUCUGACUCUGGUUCUGAGUGAUGCAGUGAGUGGGGAGGUCGGCACUGUUGCUCGCCUCUACAGCCUUUUUAUUCAGCUCGUUUGCUUGAGAGCUGCUGGAGAUGACUCUUUAAAAGGCAAGGCGAGAGAAGCUCUCUCAGCCCUCACAGCAGAGCUGGAGAUUCCAGGCUUGAAUCUCAUUGACACUUUAAAUGUUUUGCAAGGAUCCCAAGCAGAAAGACCCAUUUGCCUUUUGGCUGGCGGGGAGACCACAGUGCAGCUCCAAGGAACUGGGAAAGGAGGAAGGAACCAAGAGCUGGCUCUGCGAGUGGCUGUGGAACUGCACAGGGUGAAGUCAUCUGGGGGUGGCAGCUUCCUUGAGAAAUAUGAAACCGUGUUCCUGAGUGGAGGCAGCGAUGGACAGGAUGGGCCAACAGAGGCAGCGGGAGCCUUUUCUAGCCAGGAGCUGGUGAGCGAGGCUGAGCAGGGAGGUUUCAACGUGGAUGCUUUUUUGAGCAAUAAUGAUUCAUACACAUUCUUCACCAGGUUCCAGAGUGGGCAUCACCUUCUGAUGACAGGCCUCACAGGCACAAAUGUCAUGGACAUUCACAUUGUCUUAAUCAGAGCCAGAAGUGGUUAGCAAUGGCACCAGACAGCUGAGGAGGAGCAUCAAAAUUAAGGGCAAAUCCAGACUGCACACAAUGGGGAAUGCUGCCCUCCAAAUUGCUAACAUCAAGGACAUAAUGGAAGGCUACUUAAUUAAACACACACUAGACAUUCCAUUUCCUUUAAUUAGUCUGAAACAAAAGGUAACCCUAGCAAUAGUAUCCUGGAUGUCAAGGCUGUAAAAGCACCUUCUUGCCUGCAACUAGUACUGUGCAGGUUGCAGUAACAGAAAGCUAUGAUUUCAAGCACAUCAUUAUAUGCUAGUUUGGUAAGAAUGGUAUUUUAUUCUAACAUUAAACAGCUAUCACACUUCAGAAAUUAACAGGUUCGUUGAUGUGAGGUUUCAUAGACAAUAGUCUGCUUGAGCUGAAUGCUUCUGGUGCUGUCAGGCCUCAGGGUCUUAUUGCCACACAUUGAGCAGAAAACGUGCCUUUGCUUGGACUCUGUUUUCAUCCACGAUUUGGCUUGUUGCUGCUCUGUGUACACAUAGGCUAUACAACAAAAAACAGCUAUCUUUGGAGGUGUUCAUAGCUCUGCUCCUGUCCAGUUAGUGGUAUACUGGAAGUAAUUUUAUGAUUUGUGGAGUCAGAAGCAUUCAAACGUCUCGCAUAUGUUUGUCAAACAAGCAGAUUAGGAUGACGACCAUGGUAAAUGCUUGUCUUUUGAUCCUGCAGCGCACAAUCCAAAGGGAAUUAGAUUUCUUCCCAACCUAAGGAAGGAAGAAAUCCAAGACCCACAAAAUCCAGAUGCUAAAAAAACCCCAAAAACUUAAAGCAAAAUCAGCAUUGUAUCAUACCUAUAUGGUGCAAUGCCUGCAUUAGGCCUGUGUGAAAGCAUGCUGGAAAAUAUGUAAGCUUAUUAUGUAUAUUUUUUUUAAAAAAUAUAGUGUGACCACCAUGCCAUAUCGUAAUAUAAUCCUUUUAAUGUAACAAGAUCAGUCUGUCUUUGAAUUCUCUGUAGGUAUUAUAUAGUUUUUACAUGUAUGUAAGUCUGUUGUAGGCCAAACAACCCCUCCAGACACUCACAGCUAAGUGUUAAUCAUUCUCUGUUGGAAAAGUGGCUUUCUUCCUUCCUCCCUCAUAAUGACUCAUAUGUAAGGUUUUGUCCAAUAUUUAAUAUAAAAUCAAAAUAUUUCCAGAUUUCUUCUAAAUCACAUGGUCUUAUGAGAUCAUUAUAUUUCAUGAAAAAGUAUACCUGUGGCUCCCUUUUUUGCCUCAGUUUUUUGCACAUUUGAGCACUUCUGACUACAGGUGGAAGUCUUGUGCAACUGAGACAGG